AUGCCUCGCGGAAACGCUUCCCAGUCUAAGGUCCAUUACCAGGGUAAAGAAGAGGACUUUGUGAUCUACAUUGAUGACAUUGAGUCUGUGCAAAAGUGGAAGGGCGACCGUUCCAUCCCUCUAGCUCAGGUGGUUAGCGGCUUCAAGAUCUUUGUUACGCACAAACACGGGGCUCAGAAUGCGUACGAUGGAGCAAGUAAGGCUACUUUGGAGAAUGAGUUUGGCACAUCCAAUGAGGACGAGUGCAUGACCAAAAUUCUGGAGACUGGAGACCUUCAGCAUACCGAGGUAAGCCAGGAUGAGUGGAGCCUCUGCGCCACGGAGAAAUGGCAGCUGACAUUUACCAUUAGACGGGAGAACGUCAAGGACCUAAGAAUGACAGCAUGGGAACUCGGUCGGCUCAUUGAAGGAAUGGAAUGA